UCACCAUUUCCCAGCCUCGAGAGCCGCUCCUAUGUUGCGAAACUUUCGACACCCGCUCUGAGGACCACGCGGCACGAAUCAAUUGACCAGACCCGUUCAUCAAAAUGAAGGCUGGUCUUCUGCGGCACGCAGCCGCCUGCCGCGUCGCCCUCGCUGUGCGCCCGGUGCAGCCGGCUUCCCGGGCUUCGUCGGCCGCCCUCGCCCUCGCACGCUUCUCGCGGAGCGCUGUUGCUCUGUCUCGGCCCGCCGGCUCCCUGCUGCGAUUCUACUCGAGCGAGGCCGCCGCGAGCCAGCCGGCGAGCGACGGUGCUCCCAAGCUCAUCUCCCGCUUCGAAGAACUCCUGCAGCUUGGCGUCACGGAGCAGCUCGUCCGCGCCAUCACCGAGGGCAUGCGGUAUGAGACCAUGACGGAUGUUCAAUCCUUGACCAUCAAUUCCGCUCUCGCCGGGAAAGACGUCGUCGCGCAAGCAAAAACCGGCACCGGCAAGACGCUUGCUUUCCUCGUUCCCAUCAUCCAGAAGAUCAUCGCUCAGCAGCCCCGCCUCGCGCAGCCGCCCCGGGGCCAUAGGUGGGCCCGCGACCCGCCACGCUGCGAUGACAUCCGCGCCAUCGUCCUGUCGCCUACCCGCGAGCUCGCCGAGCAGAUCGCAGAGGAAGCAAGACGGCUUUGCAAAAACACCGGCGUCACCGUCCAAACCGCUGUUGGCGGCACCCAGAAGAAAUCCAUGCUUCUCAGGGCCCGCCGUGAGGGCUGCCACCUGCUGGUGGCCACCCCUGGCCGUCUGCGCGAUCUCCUCGACGACCCGACGAGCGGCAUCGACGCCCCCCGUCUUGCCGCCCUGGUGUUGGACGAAGCAGAUCGGAUGUUGGACGUGGGCUUCCAGGACGAGCUCGAUGCGAUCUUCCACAUCCUGCCCACGAUUGAGCAAUGCCCCCGCCAGACCCUCCUCUAUUCGGCCACCUUGCCCAAACAUGUGGUUUCCCUGGCUCGCAAGUUCAUCAACCCGACCAACUUCGAGUUCGUCCAGACGGUCAAAGCCGAUGAGGUGCCGACCCACGAGAAAGUGCCGCAGUUCAUCGUCCCUUGCCGCGGCUUCGAGAACUUGGGGCCGACCCUGUUGGAGAUAAUACGCCAUCACACCGAGAAGGCCGAUCCUUCGACCCCUUUCAAAGCCAUCGUCUUCCUACCCACCACGGCAUCCGUCACGUACUACUCGCACCUGUUCCGCCACCUUCGAGGGGACGAGCCCUGGAUGCCCAAGAUCUUUGAAAUGCAUUCCAGGCUCUCCCAGAGCACGCGGACGCACAACGCCGACGCCUUCAGGAAGGCGACCUCGGCGAUUCUCAUCUCAAGCGAUGUUUCGGCCAGAGGCAUGGACUUCCCCAACGUGACUCACGUCAUCCAAGUGCACGUCCCCACGACUCGCGACACCUACAUCCACCGCAUUGGGCGAACCGGGCGAGCCGGCAAGGAGGGUCAGGCCUACCUACUGGUGUCGGAUAUCGAAGUCCCAAGCGCGAGGUAUCUUCUCCCGGGCCUCCCGAUCCAGCGGUGCACCGACUUCGAAUCUGGUCUCGUCGACGUUCGCAGGGCUCAUCGCUUGCCCGAUACCUUCGAGAAGAUUAGGGAGGCGGCUAAGAAGGUUCCACACGAGGUGCUGAAGGAGACUUACACCUCGCUCCUCCUCGGAAACAUGAGUUCGGUCGAGAAGCAGGAAAUGGUCGACGAGCUCAACAACAUGGCGAAGUACACUUGGGGGAUGGAAGCACCACCGGCCGUCUCGCCAAAGUUGAAACGCCAUUUGGGCAGGGUUAGGGGGCUGCGGAUUGCCGACGAGCCCAGGUUCCGCCAUUCUCGCGGCCGUGGCUUCCGUGGCGGCUUUGACCGCGACUACAAUGAUCGCUUUGAGAACUUGGAGCGCAUGGCUGCUGAAGAGCGCGACGGCCACAAACCCUCCCGCGUUCCUCGCGCUAGCUUCUAGAUGCUUUGACGGGCAUGCCGAGCCAGUGCGCUCCGCCUGUUUUCCGCUGUCUGAACGC